CUCACUCUCAUCUUCCAGCUAUGGCGUCUUCUCAGUUUCUCCAAUUCAUCGACCAGAAUGCCCAGAAAUUCAUCGGAAGACUAGCGGAGGCUGUGGCGAUCCCUAGUGUGAGCGGAGACGGAUCCCACCGCCCCGACGUCUUCAAGAUGUCUGCCUGGCUCGAUGGUCAGCUCAAGGGUCUCGGCGUCACCACGAAGCUCGUCGACCUCGGCAAGCACGUCAUGGACGGCCAGGAGCUGCCUCUGCCGCCCGCGAUCCUCGGAAGGAUCGGCGAUGAUCCCAAGAAGAAGACUGUGCUCGUGUACGGUCACUACGAUGUUCAGCCGGCGAACAAGAGCGAUGGCUGGGACACCGAGCCCUUCAAGCUCGUGGUUGACGAGCAGACCGGGCGACUUAUCGGGCGCGGAUCUACGGACGACAAGGGGCCCAUCCUUGGGUGGCUUAACGUACUUGAAGCGCACAAGACUCUCGGCAUCGAACUGCCCGUCAACAUGCGCUUCUGCUUUGAGGGAAUGGAGGAGAACGGCAGCGAGGGUCUGGACGAUCUCAUCAAGACCGAAGUCACGAAGGGCAAGGAGUCCUGGUUCGACGGUGUCGACUGCGUGUGCAUCUCGGACAACUACUGGCUGAACUCGCGCACACCUUGUAUCACGUACGGUCUCCGCGGGCUCGUGUACUUCAAGCUCAGCGUCUCGGGCCCCGCGCGCGACCUGCACUCUGGCGUGUUCGGUCGAAUGGUGCACGAGCCGAUGACGGACCUCAUCCAGGUAAUGAGCAAGCUCGUCGCGGCCGACGGCACGAUUCUUGUCCCCGGCGUCGAUGACAUGGUCUCGGUCGCGGAUGAUGAGGAGCGGAAGAUCUACGAGAAGCUGGACUACUCGGUCCAGGAUGUAGAGGACGCGGUCGGCGCACCCAUCACACUCUCGGACGACAAGGUCACUGUCAUCAUGGGCCGCAUGCGCCAGCCAUCGCUCUCGCUUCACGGUAUCGAGGGCGCGUUCUACGGGGCGGGCGCGAAGACGGUCAUCCCGGCUUCCGUUUCGGGCAAGUUCUCGAUCCGCAUCGUGCCCCCGCAGACGCCCGAGAAGAUCGAGCCGCUUGUUGUGCAGUAUGUCGAGCAGGAGUUUGCGAAGCUGAACUCGAAGAACAAGCUCAAGAUCGAGAACCUGCACGAUGGCCGGCCGUGGCUCGCGGACUACAAGCACUGGAACUACGAGGCUGCGCGUCGCGCGACUGAGGCGGUGUACAAACAGACUCCCGACUUGACUCGCGAGGGUGGCUCGAUUCCUGUGACGCUCACCUUCGCGGAGAGCUUGGGUGUGAACGUUCUACUGCUCCCGAUGGGCCGCGGCGACGAUGGCGCACACUCUACGAACGAGAAGCUCGACCGCUCGAAUUUCAUCGAAGGGAGCAAGCUCCUCGGCACGUACCUCUACGAGGUCGCCGCGUCGAAGGCAUGAAGAUAGACACCGAUGUGUGGAUCGGCGAGACACGUACGAAGUUGGAAACGUCAGAAUAGGAAUGUAUCAAUGUACGUCGUCCAGGUGUUGUGCUUGUAGUGCUAAGAUCGCAGAGUGUAUCCACUGUUGUAUCACUGGCCCCUCUUGCAAUGCAGUGUAUUCUUUAGGGCUCUGGAGACGUGGCCAC